GUUGGUUCAGUUUAAAUCAUUUUUUUUACUUUGACACUACAGUGUUUUUUUAGAGAUCCCAAAAAAACUCCCAAGAUGACAGUGAGCUUCAAAAUUUCCGCCUUAAUGGCUGCUUUGUUAGUCAAUAGUGUCUGUUGUUCACCAAAAUAUGACAUGGGAGGAUUCGUACCAAGUUCAAUGGAUUACCUCGACAAAAUGGGAAAAAAUCAUGACCAAAUGGCAAUACCAACACAAUCUAAAUCACAGUCACAAUAUCGUAGUGAAAAUGCCUCUGUAGUAUCAAGAAGUUCUGGUUCUGAUGCCUCAAGUAUUCCUGCAGACCGUAAUCAAGAGCCAAGAUUUGGAUUCACUGGUGUUGGUACAAGCUCUGGGUACGGAGUAUCAUCUUACAGUGGAGGAAAGGUUGACUUGGGUGGAUUAAUCCUUGGCGCAGUUCUUGGAAUUGGAUCUAUUUUGAUAAUUCCAAAAAUAUUAUACCUUAUUAGUGGAAGCUACGGACAAUAUGCAAGAAAUGAUGAAGGAGGUUUUGUAAAUUCAAUGACCAAGAUUGAUGACAUCCUGGCUCAUCAUGGAAUCGAUACGACAACAUGCAUGCAACGCGCAGUCUGCACAUAUGCAAAAAGAGCCGCCGAAACAAUUCGCACAGCCAAUGACAUUGAUGAUGAAGAAAAAGUAUCAUCAUUCGACCGAUUAAUAGACACUGUCACGACCAAUCAGGUCUUCCGGACUGCAAUGCGUGGCACGGCGAUCCAAGAAGCCAUUGAAGCGGGACGCAAAGGCCAAAAUUGCUCUAGAGCUUACCGGCAAUGCGGAUUCUCAAUGGAAUCUAUAGUCCGUCUUAUUUCAAGUGUAAUGUCUUCUAUUAAUCGUCCCGAUUCUCACCCUACAGCACCAUCUGCUAAUUAA